CAAUAGUCAAUAAUAAUAAUGUAAUGGCCUUUUUCGCCACUACUACUUUAGACAGUUGCUCCUGAAAAAAACUAAAUUAAAUGUCGGCGUGUCAUGAGAUCGAUAAAUUCAUAAGUAUAACAUUGUCAAAUAAAUUAGGGAUCAAUAAAAUAUAAUGAAUCAUAAACAGCGGAGAAAAAUAAAGUCUCCGCCUUAUAGGAAGAGGCGGCAGAUGCCAACUUUGGAUACUCUAAUGCCAACAGAAUCUGUGCUUGCAAACUUGCAGCCCGUCAAAGAGGAAACAAAGGCUGACCUCGUUGCGGACAGUCCAGAAUGUGAAUCAAACGAUGCAUUCAAAUCUGAGGUGGAAAGGUUCAUAGAAAUAUCAAAAUACUUCUCUAGUCCUCUUCGGAAAACUGCGUCGUACAUCUGUGAGAAUCGCCUCGUGUCCUACCCAAGUCUGUUCAGAUUGGAGUUCAAGAGAGGAGUUAUAAAUACGGAGCACAUUAAGUUUUGCAAUAUCACCCUAGAGCCGGUGUACAUUAAGCUGUUCAAGGUGAUCCCGGACUUGGAACAAAUCAGGUUCACGAACCUGUCUUUAUCUCGAUGUAAAAGGAUUCCUCCGGGGUUGUCGUUCAACUUAACGUUUUUGUAUGACGAUGUUAAUGAAAAGCCGGCUUGUAAUGCGAAAAUGAUAUUUGUUGCUUCUAGGAAAACGUCAACCCCAUGCUAUCAAGUAUGCGAAAUUGAGCUGGAUAUUAGUGCACAAAAAACUCGCCUGCUUACUUUAUAAUCAAGGUAAUGCGUGUAUAACGGUAAUUUGGAAUUCUAAUUCUGUCAAAAUGUAUCCACUGUUUUAAUUCGCCUAACUGGUUUUUGGGUCUUUUCAAACAUCUGUAA